AUGGAUAAUGAAGCUCCGUGUUGCUCUAAUGUUUUGAACAAAAAGUCGAUUUUCGAAGAAUUCGAAAGUGAUUUCUUUUUUUUUCUUUUUUUUUCCAAAAAUAGAAUGCCAAAAAAAUUCUCAAUUUCCAGUUGCUUCUGGAAGUUGUGAUCAUACUGUAGAAUUUCGAAACGAUGAACAACCCAUCGAAAUCAUGAAAUUUAUGAAAAACUUCAGAGAUGACGAUAAUCUUUGUGAUGUCGAGUUAGAGGUUAGUUGGGUUACUGUAGCUUCCAGAAGGUAGACAUAAGUAUAUAUUAUUGAGAUACGAAUAAAUAAUUUUGGGAAAAGAGUAACCCUCUAAUUUGUGUCGUCAUAGCGACAGAAUUAUGGCGCCAAUUUUUUUGAGAACAGGAAAAUAAAAAAAUAAUUUGAAAGUCGAAAAAAUGUAUGCAAUAAAAGCACACAAAAAAAUAUUCCAAAAAAUCCUUUUUUUUUAGAUCGAUGGUGAUGUGAUUCGUGCUCAUCGAUAUAUUUUAGCUGCUGCUAGUCCAUAUUUUAGAGCAAUGUUCACAAACGGAAUGUUGGAAAUGACAAAAUCUAGAAUUAAGCUUAAUGUAAGUUCUAAUUUGUUUUUUUUUUCAUGAAAAAUUCUAGUUUUUGCAGGAUAUUUCGAAAGACUCAAUGGAAGAAUUGAUUCAGUUCAUCUAUUCGAAUGAGAUCACAAUUCGUGGAUCAAAUGUUCAAUCUCUUCUCUUCGCUGCUUCGAUUUUACAAAUGGAUAAUAUUGCGACAGCUUGUCAACAAUUCCUAACAAAAACAAUCACAGUUCAAAAUUGUAUUGGACUUCAUCAAUUUGCUGAAACAUAUAACUGCACACAUCUUUUAUCAGCAACGGAUAAUUUCGCAGUUGACAAUUUCCAAUUUAUUCGAGGUCGAGCAGAUUUCAGCAAGAUUCCUGCUAACCAUUUACGUGGUCUUUUAAUGAGAUCCGAUUUGAAUGUAAAUAAUGAGGCUGAAGUAUUUGAAACUAUCAUAGAUUGGAUUACUGUAGAUGUUAAAGAACGAGAAAGAUAUCUUCCUGAACUUUUUGAUACAGUAAGACUUCCACUACUUGGUUGGAAUUAUUUAAUUCGAAUUGUUAAUCAACAUCCACUUGUCAAACAAAAUGCAAUAUGUCGAGAAAGAGUUGCUGAUUCACUUUUCCACACUCUUGCUCCAAACAAACAAGGAACAUCUAGUUCAAACUUGGAUAUCCCUGAAUCUGGUCAAUAUGGAUCAAUGACAAAUUCAACACUUUCAAUUCAAUCUCCUAUUGUUUCUGCGGUUACACUUCAUAAAAUGAGACCACGAAAAUCAGUGGCAGGUAUUAUUUUCUGUGCUGGAGGUCGAGGAACUCUUGGUGAUCCAUUUAGAAGUGUUGAAGCAUAUGAUUGGAGAAAAAAUCAAUGGUUUUCGAUUGCUGAUAUGACUGUACAAAGAAGACAUGUUGGUGUUGUUAGUGCAUUAGGAGAUUUGUGAGUUUUUUUUUAAUUGACAAUUAGUAUGAAAUAAUUUCGAGUUUAAAAUUUCAGAUAUGCAAUUGGUGGACAUGAUGGCGUCACUCAUUUAUGUUCUGCUGAAAUGUUCAGUCCAGCAGAAGGAGUUUGGCGAAGAAUAAGUUCAAUGUCAACAGCGCGAAGAGGAAUAGCUGUUGCCACUCUUGAUGCUGCAAUUUAUGCUGUUGGCGGUCUUGAUGAUUCAACAUGUUUCAAAACUGUUGAGAGAUAUGAUAUCGAAUUGGAUAAAUGGUCUACAGUUGCUGAUAUGACAAUUCAAAGAGGAGGAGUUGGUGUAUCAGCACUUGGAAAAUAUUUAUUCGCAAUUGGAGGAAAUGAUGGAACAUCUUCACUUGAUACUUGUGAACGAUUUGAUCCUUUAUUAGAUAGAUGGAAGAUUAUUGCCAGAAUGCAGAAUCGAAGGUUAGUUUUUUUGGUGAAGAAAACAAGAAUGGUCCGAAUCGACUUCUGGGAAGUUCAAAAUUAACUACAGUAACCUUUUUUCGGAAAUACUUUCGAAAUGUUCGCUAUUCCAAACCAGCCUUUAAUCAAACAUUUAGAAAACAUUCAUUAAUUAUCAUUUCCUGUUCUAUGAUCUUUGUUCUGAUUGGCUUACUCGAAAUUUUGAAAUAUUUCGUAACCAUUUUUUUUUCAAUUCCACGUGAACUAUUUUUUUUUCUGAAAAAUAAUCAUUAUUUGGAAAUUGAGAAGCAUUUCUAAUUGGUUCAGAGCUGGAGCCGGAGUAGCUGUUCUUGAUGGUCAUCUUUAUGCAAUCGGUGGUUUUGAUGACAAUGCGCCUCUCGCAACUUGCGAAAAAUAUGAUGUACUAUCCGAUAUUUGGCACCCAAUUGCAAAUAUGAAUAGUCCACGUGGCGGAGUUGGUGUAGCUUCGAUGGGUGGAAAAGUAUAUGCAAUUGGUGGACACGAUGGAAGUCGAUACUUGAAUACUGUAGAAUCUUAUGAUCCAUUAACAAAUAUAUGGACGGCUGUUGCUGAUAUCAAAGAAUGUCGAGCUGGUGCUGGAGUUUCUUGGGCGGAUUGUCGUGUUGAUCAACUAUUAUCGGCUAGACCACAUUUUGGAGAAAGUGGUUGUGCUCCAUCAACCGGAUCUUCUCAAUGUAUAUAA